UCGUCCGUUCUCUGAAUACCAGGGCAACAUGCGAAUCUUUCCUCCGUUGAUUCACUCUUUAGCUAGUUCUUCUUUUAUCAUAUUUCUUUGCACGUAAGUCGGUUUCUCCUUCCAUUAUAUAAUUUGGCUUGCAUAUUUUACGUAGAUUGAGGUCCAUUUCGCUGCAGAGAUGUUGAGUGUGGACUCGUUGCAAGUGGUGGCUGAAGAGGAGGUGGUGGAGUCGAGCUCAAACCGCUUGGGUGACAUCUACACGUUUGUGGCCGAGGGCUGCUACCCCCAGACAAUGAAUCCCAUACGAAAGAAGAAUCUCAAAAGAUAUGCUCAGAAAUUCAUCAUUGAUGAGGGUCGACUCUACUAUGUGGGGCCCAAGAAGGAGGAGAAGCGAGAGGUUGUGAUUGAAGCUGAACGUAAGAGGCAGAUAUUCCUAGAGUGCCACUUUAAUGACAUUGGUCAUCACCUGGGACAGAAGAAGACUGUUCACAGGAUCCAGAGCAAGUAUUACUGGCUGGGUAUUGUAAAAGAUGUCGUGGACUGGAUAAAGGUAUGUGAAACCUGUCAACACACAGAGAGGAACAAAAACAUGACAAGGACUGUUCGGCCAAUCAAAGUGGAUGCUCCCUGGGAAAUUCUAGGGAUUGAUAUAUUUGGGCCUUUCCAAAAAACACAGCAAGGUAAUGCCAGCGUGGUAAUCGUCACAGAUUACUUCAGCAAGUGGGUGGAGGCGUUUCCCAUUCAAAAAAGAGAUGCCCUCUCUGUUGCCAGAUGUAUAUCUACAUCCAUUUACAGGUUUGGAGCAGCAAAAACAGUUAUCUCCACACAAAGCGUUGACUUUUGUGACGAGGUGACAAAGCACCUCUGUAACAGGUGGAACGUAGUGCAGAGAGUGUCUGCUGUAGAGUUGAACCCGCUACAUGACCACAGCAGUGGACUACUGAAGGAAGCCAUCACACAGGUGGUGGCAGAGAAGCAGGCAGAGUGGGACGAUUUCCUGGACCCUGUCUUAUGUCUGUUUAGGACGACCAUCAACCCCACAACAAAGUUCACACCCUAUUCACUCAUGUUUAAUAGGAAAACAAUUUUACCUAGUGAGACCGACCAAGAGACGGAUUUGUAUCACUCAAAGGAAGAGGUCUCUGCGUGUAUGACAGUGAUGCAGGAGCAGCAGAACUCUGUGAAGCAACUGGUGAUUGCCAACAUGAAUGCGGCGUACAAACAGGAGAAGAAGAAUGCCAAGAGAAGAGCUCGGAACAUGCCCUCCAUUACCUUCAAAGUCACAGACCCAUUGUUUGGCUCGGGUGAGUCGUCCUCCCAGAAGAAACUGAAACGGAGCAUUUACCUUUCUUUCCCGGUAGAAACGGUCCUUGCCACUGAGCAAUGCAGCUCUGAUGACAAAAAGAGUGACUUGGAAUACCCCCUGCCGAUUUCCGAUGCGCAUUGAGGCCUGCUAUGCUAGUGGUUAUAGUAUACAAGAAAAAUAAUCGAGAAGCACACAGUGGCUGUAUUAAUGGAUUAACAAUUCCUCUUGCUUCAGUGGUAUGAUGGAGACAUGAUAUCCUCAUAAGAUGCUUCAUCUCAGAGAGAAGAUUGGUGAACAUGGAGGCACCGGAAUCAAGAAGCCUGACCAAAAAUAUUGAUAAGAAAUUAUAUUGGGUUGGACAUAUGUCCAAAUACAUAGGUUUUCCCAGUCAGUGCCUGGUGGAUUUGUGGCCUAGUCAUUGAUAUUGUGAGGCAUGUAGGUGCUAAAGGCCAAUUUGUUUGCGAAUAGGUGAAUGAAAUGAGUACGUUGUCACUAUCCUAUGAUGUAGGAUACACCUUUCUCCAACCCUGUUAAAAAUGUGAUAUGAAGUUGUAUUGACAUCAUGGAGCAGGGUAUGUGCACUUGGGGUCAGCAUCAGUUUUUUUGUGGCCACACUUAGAAUACUUUUUCUUCACAAUCAGUGAUUCAUUCAUAGUUCUUUGAAUUCCGGCUCUGCUACAUGCUUUAGGGAAGGACUUAAAAUAACUGGUUAGGGUCCAUAUCAAAUGAUGGCAUUUGGUUUAUUGCUGUGCAUGGGAUUCAAUAUUUCCAAUAGCCCCAACAUUAUAUUGACCAGUGCAACCUUGAAGAAAUGUGGAUGGAAAAGCACAAUAGAGUUCUAAAGUAAAAACAAUGUAUUUUAAAAUAAGCUAACACAAAACAAAUCAACCUUUUAAUCUAUGAAGGUGCAAUAUUCAGAAAUCGCUCCACCAAUUCCUGGUUGCAAAAAUUCUAAUAGUUCACCAAAUUUUAGUUUUGGACAAAACAAGCAAUGUAUUGUGUAGAGCAGGGUUCCCCCAUUGUCUGCCCCGGUGCCAAAUCUUGAACCCGAGAUGCAAAAACUCUCAAAUGUAAUGUACCAAGAAGGAAGUUACCCUACCUCAGUAAUGCAAACGUUACGUUUUACCUUCAUGAGGAUAGAGCAUGCAGGAGACAGUCAACUAAUAAAGCAGGCAGCGGACCAUUUUGUCGUGCUGACACAUAAAGCUGCAAGCGCAGCGCAAUCAAUAGGACGUGAACAGCGCCUGGUGCUGAAAAUAUAGGAAACUUGUUAUGCAAGGGUUGCACAGCAACUGAUGAAGAACCUACACCAGUGGAUUAAUUUCAACAAUAAUCUUAAUUGUAAUUUGACUUUACAAACAACAAGAGGGCUUAAUUGGAGUCUUUCUUCGAGACUAUAUAAAAUACUUUAACUGGCUGAGGUAGGCUAUGAGGCUUUACAGCAUCGUUCACAAUAACAGAACAUAUGGCCUUAUAGAAGUGGGACAUUUUUUAUUUGGUCUGCUUACAAUUGCAACUGGACAAAAAUGUGGCAUCCUACAUAAAACAAUACUUAAAAGAAAAAAAGGCGAUAUUUGUAUCGGGGUAGCCUGCUGUUUUAACGACAGAACAAACAGAAAAUACUGUCAGCUUGAGACCUAAAUAUCCCUGGAUAAGCACUCACAAUAAUAGUAGUAUUUACUAAAUACAGUCAUAUAGGCCACUAAGUAACUUACUCAAUGGAAAAAAAGUUGCAUUUCCCCUCAGACACGAUCUUGGAUGUCGUGCGAGAUGGGUGUGAUUUUUGAUGCGCAGUCAGUCCUUGAUUGACUUGUGUGAAAGCUGUCGUGAGUCUAUAUUAUGUUCAUAGAGGAAAAUUAGGACUUCCUGAAGUUGUCCCUCAGCUGCUUGAUGAAAUAUUCCAUCACCUCUGUGACAAUGCUGCGGCCUGGUCCCUCUACCUGUCGUUUCUUCAGUGUUCUGAAGUGCAGUAGCCUUCCAGAUGACAAGUCCAAAUCGAACAACUCAAGCUUUCUAGUAAAGGCCUCAAGUUUUUCCACCAUGUCCACGACUGUUUUCCCUCUUCCUUGUAACUGGAUAUUUAACCCGUUUUACUGACAGAAUAUGUCAGCCAAAAAAGCCGUGUGUGUAUCUUGUAGUUAACUCUUCAAUGUAUCUGCGUCGGGCCUCUGUCUGGGGCGGGAAGGCCACUUUGAAAGUUCCAUGCUUAGAUUCAUAAUGACGUCUGAGAUUGAAUUAUUUUUUAACAACGACAUUUUCAUUGCAAAUAAGAUACUGGCUUGGCAUUGGGAAUAAAUGGUAAGAUGAACGCAUAUCUCUCUGUACAUUCUUCCCGGAAACUUCGAUUUUCAUUAUUCAUCUUUUGAUACUUUUUGAUAGGGACUUUUUCUCUUGUUAUCAAGCUAAUUAUUCUGAACGAAUGAUGACGUUAAAAAAGUAGUGUAUCUUACAGUAGGCUGUAGACCUGUUUUUCCCAUUAAUCAACAGAGAAAUAGACAAAAUAAUAUUUGAAUAGGGACAUGGUGAUUUUAUGAGCGUAAUCAUAUCGAAAUGAUUGUUAUUGUCACUGAAUUUGUUAUGUACUAAUCGGAUGUGUUAAACAAAUGGUACAAUUUGUAGUGUAGGCCAGUUAAAUGUGAUAAGAUGAUAUACUAAUUAUGUUCUGGACCGCCGACUAUUAGCUCAGAAAGAAAAUUGGCCUAGGGCCAAACCUAGUUGACGAACCCUGAUGUUGAGAAACAGUGUACUAUCUAAAUCUCUGUGAAAUAUAUUUUCAAUAACCAAAAAUAUUGUAUUUUCAGCUGUUUUGUACCUAGUAUACAAAAACCGAUAGUAAAAAAUAAAAAUAAAAUAGCUCACAUAGAACAUAUCUACCGCUUCUUAGCAUAGACUGUAAAAAUAUUGGCAAAGCCAUCGAUUACAUCACGGCAUAUUUUGUAUGGGAACGCUCAGUGGCACAUUUUGAAGACCAGAAAGCGCGCGCAUCAACGACGCUAUCUUGUUUCAUGGAAGAGUUUUUGGAACAUCGCAUGCGCCGUUUGAGCUAGUCCAGAAAGUGACGUCACAGGCUCCGACAGUUGAAAGGAGUUUAGGAGUGGAGUUUAGGCAAACUGCCGGUAGUUCACAUGUAUGGUAAUAGGCCACUGCAUGCAAGAGCUGUCCAUGUGCCAGAGGCAGCUUUUGUUGGGGUUUUUUGUCAGUGAGAGCUACAGUACUCUUCGAUCUGCUUCGGUACAAAAGGUGAUUGUUUAACUAAAAUGUUAUUGGUCACAUACCCAUGUUUAUCAGAUGUUAUUGCGGAUAUAGCGAAAUGCUUGUGUUUCUAGCUCCAUCCGUGCAGUAAUAACUAACAAGUAAUAUCUAGCAAUUUCACAACAAUACACACAGAUCUAAGUAAAGGAAUGGAAUUAAGAAUAUAUAAAUAUUUGGAUGAGCAAUGUCAGAGCGGCAUAGACUAAGAUACAGUAUAUGGGUCAUUCUUGGGUAAUAUUUCAGUCCCUCUGACUUUUUGUAUUAUAUUUCAAGUAUUGGGUCACCAAAAUGAAAUGUUAAGAUUUUGUAUAUACAUUUAAAUGUCCUGUAUAAAUGCAUUUAAAUAAAUAAAGCAUUCAUUUAAACUUUU